GACGUCACAGGAAGGGAGGAGGUCCUGCUACUUCCGGAAUCUAAACCGAAAGUCAGAAGUUUGUCCGUUAUACAGAGAGACACGAGCGGAGUGAAGCAGCGGAUAAAGAAAUUAAAGAGGAAGUGUCACAGCUUUAGCGCCCCCAGUGGCUGUGUAGAGCGGUGCAGCGGUGACGUCACAGGAAGGGAGGCGGGUCUCCUGCUACUUCCGGAAUCUAAAGCGAAAGUCAGAAGUUUGUCGGUUAUACAGAGAGACACAAGCGGAGUGAAGCAGCGGAUAAAGACAUGCAGUCCUGCAGCGUCCAUCACUGUGUCCUGUUCUUACUCACACUCACACUCACCACUGAUCCUGGAUCAGCUACUUGUGUCUUUCCUAUAUAUGCGAAGCUCCAUCAGUCUGUGACUCUCCCAUGUGAAGCUCCGUGUUCUGGUCAGGCCAAAUGGAGUUUGGACAGUAAUCGAGACGACGUCUUCGCUCAGUGUGAUCAGACAUCAUGUAGAUCAGUGCAGAAGGGGUUUAACAUGUCUUAUGAUCAGUUUAAGAAGGGAGAUCUCUCUCUCACCAUCACUAAACCUGAUUACAGUAUGAGGAAGUCGUACACGUGUGAGUGUGAUUACUCAGACUACGCUACUGUGAACCUCAGAAUCUUCACCGUGUCCUCAGCAGUUCAGGUGAAGCCUGAAGGAGAUCUGACACUGCAUGUGUCCGUAUCAGAGCCAGUGGAGGUGAUUCAUAAGAGCAGUGACUCAGCUGAUGGUGUACAGAUCUGCACUGUGACUAACAGAACACUACAGUGUAAAUCUGAAUACACACCCAGAACAUCACUUAGUUACCCAGAGCUCACACUGAGAGACGUGAUGCCAUGGGACAGUGGAACUUACACCAUCCGGAACCUGGACUAUAAAGAAGACAUCCGUGUGUACGCCGUCUCUGUGUCAGCCGUGUUCUCAGCAGUUCCAGUGCAGACUGGUGAAGAUCUGAAGCUGGAUGUGUCCGUACCAGAGUCAGUGCUGAAGGUGGAGGUGAUUUAUAGAAGCAGUGUCUCAGCUGUUGAUGUACAGAUCUGCACUGUGACUAACAGAACACUACAGUGUAAAUCUGAAUACACACCCAGAACAUCACUCAGUUACCCAGAGCUCACACUGAGAGGCAUGGGGAGGAGUGAGAGUAGAACUUACACCAUCCGGAACCUGGACUAUAAAGAAGACAUCCGUGUGUACGCCGUCUCUGUGUCAGGUACGCCUCAGUGUGGUGUGUAAUGAAGGGGUUAAACAGGGAAUUAUGGGAAACGUUCUAUACUGUGGUCAGUUGAGUGAACUCUAUAAUUCACACACUCUGGUGUUCAGCCUUCUUAAAACAUUACACAGC